CCACAAGCUUAUGACGUUGGUAAAUAACACCCGGAAUAUACCGGUUGAUUGGGAAAUUACUCAGAUCGCUCAGACUACGGUUCGUAGUAUUGAACAACACACCGUCGUGUGAUAUUAACUCAACGGGUGUUAUCAGCUGGAUGUUACGAGCGACGAACUGCUCGCGUUAGGGCCGAACGAUGCAAGUCCUCAGCAUUCUGUUUCGCAUCACGAAAGUUGUAAAGAUUCUCCGACAAAUUCCGUCUACGAGACAGCUUCGACCGCUUGCCAAGCAUGCAUUACAAACAGGUCUGCUGAUGGGUGCAGGUGACAUAGCAGCUCAACAGCUUGUGGAGGGUCAAACUUGGAACAAACACGAUGUCUGGAGGACUGUGCGCCUUACCAGCACUGGACUGUUCAUAAUUGGACCAAUAUUUCACGUCUGGUACGACGUAUUUCUGAGCAAACUCUUUUUACAAAGGACGAUGAAAGUAGCUUUAAAAAAGGUUUGCUUGGAUCAAGGACUUUUUGCACCAGCGUUUUUGGUUCUGUUCUACGGCUCUCUGGGUUUACUUGAGCGUAGCUCAAUGGAAAAGACAGUCGCAAGGCUAAAAGCAGAAUUCAUCCCGAACAUGGCGGUGAAUUACUCAGUCUGGCCGGCGAUACAGUUGAUAAACUUCUACUACAUUCGGCAGCCGAAGUAUAACAUUCUGUUUGUGAACGUCGCAUCAAUAUUUUGGAACAGUUUCCUCUCGUGGGCAGCUCACAGAAAUGUCCACGCGAAAUUUAGCCGCGAGACGAUACACGACUCCACGCACAUUGUGACUGAUCUAUUAACUGACGACACGGAUACGGAGUGCGAAUAAAUGACCAGAAUACCGCGAGGUCGUAUGCGAGGCACCUACCCCCUCACGGUACCGUAAGCAGGGACGUACGACAUGUACGACCCUGUUCUGCAAAUGUUUUGCAACAAGGCAGUGAAGUAAACCCACUCGAUCAUUGGAGUGACGCAUAUUCAUAUAUAUCAGUGUUUAGCACAAUUUUUUAUGUCUAUUUUUGUGGGCAGAGAGCAAGAAUACAUGGAAAGAUUCCGACUUCCCCCGGCCUCUAAAUUAUCGAGUUGGCUACGUCACUGCAUAUAGACCACGUUUUUGAUAGGUAAAUUGAAUAACUUCUACCACAUUGGUAGAUCAAAAUAGGCUCAAGUCAUGUGAAAGCCUAGUAUAUAUAACGACCUUUAACGUGGCCUUGUGAAUUACCAUUAUCACCAUUAUUUAUUAAUCGUUUUAUUACCUUUUGUAAAUGUGAAAUCCAUUUAUGAUGUUUCAAGCACAUAUCAUAAUAUUGUCAGGAAAGAGAAUACUGAUAUAUAGUCAUUCGAACACGUAU